AUGUCAGCGAAGUUACGCCUGAAGAAGUUGGAGCAAUUGCUCGUGGACGGAACCCUUAAGAACGCAAAUUCACUGAGCGUCGAGACCCUUCUGGAUAUACUGAUAUGUUUGUACAACGAAUGCAGCAACUCUCAUUUGAAACGAGAGAAGCACGUGACCGACUUUCUGGAGUGGGUGAAGCCGUUCACCACCACCGUGAAGGAGAUGCGUCUGCACAGGGAAGACUUCGAGAUGCUCAAGGUGAUCGGCAGGGGAGCAUUUGGCGAGGUUGCGGUGGUGAAGAUGAAGAACACAGAACGUGUUUACGCCAUGAAGAUCCUGAACAAGUGGGAGAUGCUGAAGAGAGCCGAGACGGCGUGUUUCCGCGAGGAGAGAAACGUUCUGGUGAACGGAGACUGCCAGUGGAUCACCACCCUCCACUACGCCUUCCAGGACGACAACUUCCUGUACCUGGUGAUGGACUACUAUGUGGGCGGUGACCUCUUGACCCUGCUCAGUAAGUUCGAGGACCGUCUCCCAGAGGACAUGUCCAAGUUCUAUGUGGCAGAGAUGGUGCUGGCCAUCCACUCUAUACACCAACAACACUACGUCCACAGAGAUAUCAAGCCAGACAACGUGCUGCUAGACAUGAACGGCCACAUCCGGCUGGCCGACUUUGGCUCCUGCCUGAAGAUGAUGCAGGACGGCACGGUCCAGUCGUCUGUGGCUGUUGGCACUCCGGACUACAUUUCCCCUGAGAUCCUGCAGGCCAUGGAGGACGGCAUGGGGAAGUACGGCCCAGAGUGUGACUGGUGGUCCCUGGGGGUCUGUAUGUACGAGAUGCUCUACGGGGAGACGCCCUUCUAUGCCGAGUCCCUGGUGGAGACCUACGGCAAGAUCAUGAACCACGAGGAGCGUUUCCAGUUCCCCUCAAACAUCAGCGAUGUGUCGGAGGAAGCCAAGGACCUGAUCUCGCAUCUCAUCUGCGGCCGCGAGCGCCGCCUGGGCCAGAACGGUAUCGGCGACUUCAAGGACCACCCCUUUUUCGCUGGCAUCGACUGGGAUCACAUCCGCUACACCGAGGCGCCCUACAUCCCCGACGUCAGCUCGCCAUCUGACACCUCCAACUUCGACGUAGACGACGAUAUUCUUAAAAACCCGGACAUUGCCCCUCCAGUUACGCACACCGGCUUCACUGGCCAGCACCUGCCCUUCGUGGGCUUCACCUACACCACGGACAGCUGCUUCUCGGACUGCGGCAGCGUUAACAGGGCCGGCCUGUCCGACGGGGGCUCCCAGGAGGGCGGUCCCAGGGACCAGGAGAGGGAGCUAGGGGUGGAGGUUUUUGAGAGGAGGAUCCGCCGGCUGGAGCAGGAGAAGCAGGAGCUGAGUCGCAAGCUGCAGGAGUCCACUCAGGCUGUGCAGUCUCUCCACGGGCCGGGCCGCGGGGCCUGCACCCAGGGCCGAGACAAGGAGAUGAAGAAGCUCAACGAAGAGAUUGAGAGGCUCAAGAAGAAACUUGCAGACUCUGAUAAGCUGGAGCACCAGCUGGAGGAGGCGGUGACGCUGCGCCAGGACUUCGAGAUCUCCUCCUCCAAGCUGAAGACCAUGGACAAGCAGGUCAAAGCCCUGAGACUAGAGAAGGAGGAAAUCCACAAGCAACUGGUGGAGUCCCUGGAGCGCCUCAAGUCCCAGACCAAGGAGCUGAAGGAGGCCCACAGCCAGCGGAAGCUGGCCCUACAGGAGUUCUCUGAGCUGAGCGAGCGCAUGGCUGAGCUGCGUUCCACCAAGCAACGCCUCUCACGCCAGCUCCGCGACAAGGAGGAGGAGAUGGACGCUGCUGUGCAGAAGGUGGACGCAGUGCGCCAGGACAUCCGCAAGACUGAGAAGGCUCGCAAGGAGUUGGAGGCCCAGUUGGAGGAGGCCAAGGCGGAGGCAUCUAAGCAGCAUAAGCUGCGCAAGCACAGCGAGGUCUACUCCAAACAGCUGGAGAUGGAACUGGAGACCCUCAAGGUGAAGCAGCUGGGCAGCGCGUGCGGCAGCGGAAGCAGCAGCCCAGGGCUGCUUCAGGAGCUGUCCAAGGUAAAGUCGGAGCUGGACAAGAAGGUGCUGUUCUACGAGGAGGAGCUGGUGCGCCGCGAGGCCUCCCACACCAGCGAGCUCAAGGGCCUCCGGAAGGAGCUCCGCGACUCAGAGGGCCAGCAGCUCUCCCUUAACAAGGCGCUGCUCGUGCUCAAGGACAAGCUGGAGAAAGCCAAGAAAGAGAGGCAAACCGAGAUGGCGGAGGCAGUGGGCGCUCUGAAGGACAAGUACGACCGUGAGCGCAGCAUGCUGACCGUGGACAACAGCAAGCUGACCGCGGAGACCGACAGGCUGUGUACGUUUGUGGACAAGCUGACCGCUCAGAACCGUAAGCUGGAGGACGAGCUACAGGACCUGGUCUCUAAGAAGGAGAGCGUCGCUCACUGGGAGGCCCAGAUUGCCGAGAUCAUCCAGUGGGUGAGCGAUGAGAAGGACGCCCGCGGCUACCUGCAGGCCUUGGCCUCCAAGAUGACCGAGGAGCUCGAGUCACUCCGCUGCUCCAGCCUGGGCUCCAGACCCCUGGACCCCCUGUGGAAGGUGCGUCGCAGCCAGAAGCUGGACAUGUCGGCCCGUUUGGAGCUGCAGUCUGCCCUGGACGCCGAGAUACGGGCCAAGCAGCUGGUCCAGGAGGAGCUCCGCAAGUUCAAGGCCGCCAACAUCUCCUUUGAAAGCAAACUGAAGGAUUCCGAGUCCAGGAGCAGGGAGAUGGCGGAGCAGCUGGAGAGUAUGAAGAAGGACUUGGAGAGCCGCUCCCGCUCGGUCAAAGGGAUGAAACUGCCUGAUUUCCAGGACUCAAUUUUCGAGUACUUCAACACCUCUCCCCUGGCCCAUGACCUGACGUUCAGAAGCAGCUCUGUCAGCGAAAUUGACGCCGCGCCCCAGAAGUCCGACGUCCUCUCCUCGUCAAUCUCUGUGGCGUCCGAACAGGAUGAGCCAGUCCCCAAGCCCCCAGCUGCUGCCCCUGCCGCCCCGUCCCCUGUCUAUCAGACAUCGCUGCUGACCGCACCAAAGCCCAAAGCUCACCAGCUGAGCAUCAAGACCUUCUCCAGCCCCACCCAGUGCACCCACUGCAGCUCCUUGAUGGUGGGCCUCAUCCGCCAGGGCUACGCCUGCGAAGUGUGCUCCUUCGUCUGCCACGUGUCCUGUAAGGACAACGCCCCCCUGGUGUGCCCCAUCCCCCCCGAGCAGGCCAAGAGGCCGUUGGGCAUCGACGUACAGAGGGGCAUCGGCACCGCCUACAAGGGCUUUGUCAGGAUCCCCAAGCCCACGGGGGUGAAGAAGGGCUGGCAACGGGCGUACGCUGUGGUGUGUGACUGUAAACUCUUCCUGUACGAGGUGCCUGAGGGCAAGUCCACCCAGCCGGGCGUGGCGACCAGUCAGGUCCUGGACCUCAGGGGUGAGGAUUUUUCCGUCAGCUCCGUUAUGGCCUCAGACGUCAUCCACGCCACCCGCAAAGAUAUCCCCUGCAUAUUCAGGGUGACAUCAUCCCUGCUGAGCUCGCCAGUGUGCGCCGCCUCCCUACUGGUGCUGGCGGAGAGCGAGGCGGAGAAGAGGAAGUGGGUUGGCAUCCUGGAGGGCCUUCAGAGCAUCCUGGCCAAGAACCGCCUCAGGAACUGCGUGGUACACGUCAUGCACGAGGCCUACGACUCGUCACUGCCCGCCAUCAAGACCAUGCUCUCCGCCGCCAUCGUUGAUCGAGAGCGUAUCGCCCUGGGCACAGAGGAAGGCCUGUUUGUAGUGGAGGUCACCAGAGAUGUGAUCGUCCGGGCGGCUGACUGCAAGAAGGUGCACCAGAUCGAGUUGAUCCCAAAAGAGAAGAUGGUGGCCCUGCUGUGCGGACGCAACCGCCACGUGCACCUGCACCCCUGGGGGGCGCUGGAGGGGGCUGAGUCGGCCUUUGACAUCAAGUUGACGGAGACCAAGGGCUGCCAGGCGCUGACCACCGGCGUGCUGCGUCCCGGGGGACCAGCCUGCCUGCUGGCCGCCAUCAAGCGCCAGGUGCUGUGCUAUGAGAUCACCUGGGCCAAGCCGCACCACCGCAAGCUGUGGGAGGUGCAGGCCCCGGGGGUGGCCCAGUGGCUGGGCAUGGUGCGCGAGCGCCUGUGCGUGGGCUACCCCUCGGGCUUCGCCCUGCUGGCCCUCCAGGGUGAGUCAUCGCCCGUAAGCCUGGUGAGCCCCGGGGACCCGUCGCUGGCCUUCCUGGCCCAGCAGCCCCUGGACGCGCUGCACGCCCUGGAGGUGGGCACGGCCGAGCUGCUGCUCUGCUUCAGCCAGCUAGGCAUCUAUGUGGACCCCACAGGAAGGAGGAGCAGGGCCCAGGAACUGAUGUGGCCUGCCACGCCGCUAGCCUGUAGCUCCAACUCGUCUUACCUGACGGUGUACAGCGAGUACGGAGUGGAUGUGUUUGACAUCCACACUACCGAGUGGGUCCAGACCAUUUCACUGAGGAAGAUAAGGCCUCUAAAUGUGGAGGGCAGUCUGAACCUGCUGGGCUCCGAACAACCACACCUCAUCUACUUCAGCAACAACUCCACAGAAGGUGACCUGUCCAUCCCGGAGACGUCUGACAACAGUAAGAAGCUGAUGAUGAGGACGCGCAGCAAGAGAAAGUUCCUCUUCAAGGUCCCCGAGGAGGAGAGACUUCAGCAGAGGAGAGAGAUGCUGAGGGACCCUUGAGCUGAGGUCCAAGAUGAUUCUCUAACCCAAUCAACUUCAACCACGUUGGCACACAUGGGCCCCGGCGAC